AUGGCUGAUCAACUAGGUCGGGUGUCCCUCAAAGCUCAUUUGAAUGGUAUGGUGUCCAUCCUGCACUUAAGGCAGGAAGAUGGUGGCUAUAAGAAAAUGAAAAAGUCACUGGAGUUGAUCAACUCUAGGCUCCAACUUGUUAUGAAAAGUGGCAAGUACAUGCUGGGGUACAAGCAGACUCAGAAUAUGAUCAGACAAGGCAAAGCCAAACUGGUUAUCCUUGCCAACAACUGUCCCACCCUGAGGAGACCUGAAAUAAAGUACUAUGCUAUGUUGGCCAAGACUGGUGCCCAUCACUAUAGUGGUGAUAAUAUCGAGUUGGGCCCAGCAUGUGGAAAAUACUACAGAGUGUGCACACUGGCUAUAAUUGCAGGUGAUUCUGGUAUCAUUAGAAGCAUGCCAGAAAAGACUGGUGAAAAGGAAAUCAUGCAAAAUUUUUCUUUAAUAAAGCUGGCCAGAGCUUGGUUUAAAAAUGGGGAAAAAAAAGAAAGAAAAAUAGAACCGACAUCAUUUCCAAUGUUCUUUAUGGCACUACCUGUGGCUCCCUAGGGCCCUGCUGAUACAUUUUUUGUGGGUUAGAAAACCUGUGGUAUAUAUUUACAAAGCAGGGGCAAAGUGGUAAAGAUUUCAAGAGCCCUUCCUAAUGAAUGUUCUAGUCUCAGUAGUUCAAGUGAAGAAAUUUCAAGAAUCUAUCUUCCUUCUCUUGCACCUUGGUUUAUUGGAUAUGGAUGUUGA